CGUGGGCAUCAGUCAGAUAGAUACAGCUACGCUAGAGAUCAGAUUACACUAAUACUCCAGUCCUCCCCCAGCGGGUCUCGACCUUGUGUUUGCCUCUUCCUUCUGCCUUGUCCGGUUCCUCAUCUGCUUCGUUGAACUGUCGGUGAUACUCUAUAGUACCCGGUACAACCGUAAAUCGGUGUAGACAAGACCACCGGAGAGCAGUAUUCCCCAUGGCGACCACGGCGCUUCACCAAAACGCCGCCGACCAUAUGGCUGGUAGGCUCGGGUCGGGCAACAUGGAGCAGUACAUCGCCAUCAACGCCGGGUGCUCCGCAAUUAUCGCCGCUAUCGCAAAGACCGUCACCGCCAUCCACGGCCUCAUGCGCGAGGUCCGUGAAUCGCGCGCCGACCUCGAUCCCGUAUCCAGCGAACUUCAUUCCCUCAGCGGCAUUCUCGAGAUCCUCAAGGACGAUGUCCCAUCCUUUCCUGAACAGUUGGCGCAACGAACUCCCGAAGUACUCAGCUACUGCCUCACCAUCAUCAACGAACUGCAGGGAUGCAUCUCCAUUCUAGACCGCGUGGGUCUCUCCAGGCAGGACAAGAAGUCGCGAUGGAUGGCCAGUAGGGGGCAUAUUGCCAAGUUGCGAUGGACGUUGGAGGUGUACAAGGCCAGCAUGGGACUGGCGGUGGAUCUAGUUGCGUUAACUUCUAGCAAACAACAAAGCGAACAGCAAAGUCCGGGUAGGGGAACUUUCGUGGAGGCCACCUCUGUGGUAUCUGAUGGCAAGGACGAGUUAGCCGACGCACUAGGUCAGAUCAGCCGUGUUGCUGCUCGACUCGAAGAUGAAGCCCGCCACAACGGCGCUGUUGCAAAGCUCCAACAUUAUCUCGAUGCGCUAUACGGAAAUGCUCUCGCCGCUGUCGACCGCGAGAUGGACCAUUUCGAAGGCCAGAGAAACAGUGCCCAUUCGGCCUCGACCGACAAGGCCCCUGAUAGCGCUAUCGAUUUGGACGAUGACGCCCACCCCUUUGUCCAUGCCAAAACAUCGGAUGUCCCGAUACCACAAACCUAUAUCAACAUGACACAGGACGAAUUUGACGAGAUGUUGGAUGAACUAAGAGAGAUGCCGGUUCGACCUCCGACACCACCGCUAAGGUCACCGAGGCGAUCUUCGUCGUCAGGUGCUUCCGUCACUCGCAGCGAAUACAAUUCUAGCACAUCCGACUCUUGUACCAGCAACCCGUAUCUUGACGGCACAUUUCUGGAUGUCGAACCCCGAAACCAAAACCCGCAUCAUCGAACCCAAAGUGAAUCGGCGGCCGUCUCACCUCGUACAGUUCCGGUCAGUCACUUCCCGCAAAUGAGCGGCGGUCUUUCACCAGUCCGUACGUACGGUCAAGACCGCGAUUCCCUCUUUGAGAACCCUCGCCCAGUGGUACCUGUUCCUCGACCGACCACAUCCACUUCGAACCUCACGAACUCUCCGAAACCCACCAUGCUACGAAGAAGCAGCUCCCGAAUUUCCUCAGCUUUGAAAGGCUUCAGCUUCAGCCGCCAACGCUCCCACUCGACGGCCAGCACCAGCUCCGCCAAAUCAUCCACCCCAUCCUUGUCGCUAGCCUUCGGCUUAAGUAGCACCCCCUUUGCUACGCCUUUCACCAUGGCCAUGCCUCCCACCCCUCCCACUCCCACUUCCAAAUCCCCAGCUCCCCAACCAGUCUCCAACAAACCUCCCUCCGGCGCCGUCUUCGGCGUCUCCCUCGCCGACUCCAUGUCUGUAGCCAAGGGUCUCGCCGGCACCCGCCACGACAGCGGCGGCUCCUCCACGCGCGACUACCCCCUCUGCAUCCUUCGCUGCGUCUACUUCAUCCAAGACCACGGGCUACGCGCCCCGCAUAUUUUCGCGCGAGAAGGCGACCCCAAUCGCCUCCAGCGGCUCAAAACCAUCUUCAGCUCACCCGAGAACGGAUAUGGCAAGUUUAUGGAUUGGAACCAAUUCACGGUUUACGAAGCCGCCGACUUGAUUCUUUUGUUCCUCUCGGAGCUUCCCCAACCUUUAGUCCCGGAAUCGGUGGCAAAGCGGUGGAUCUCCAUGUCGCGGCAAGCAACCAUGUCUGGGUCUUCGGCGACCCGGUUGGAUAAGGGCAUUGAUUUCUGGGAGGAGGCAUUGCAGGGCAUUAAGGGGCCACACAGGAGCUUGUUCAAGCUGCUGCUGAAUUUGUGGGGUGAUGUGGCGGGUAACGUGAACUGGAACGAGAUGACGGCUGAGAGGUUGGCAGAGAAGAUAAUGCGUCCGCUGAUGCACCUACCGCAGAAGAGGUAUAGUACAGAUUACACACUUGGAUUGGCAUUUGUAAUGAGGAAGAGAAGCGAGUAUAAUGCGGGGUUCAAGGGGGAGAGAAGUCCGGCUGCUUUUUGAAGCUGAAUGGGACCAGCUAUCAACUGGGUAGGACUUGAUGGAAGUUGGAGGUGAUGCCCG